AUGGGUUUUGGCAUCUCCUCCCACCUCAUAUUAACCUCUGGCCAGCCAGCCAGUCCCACCUCACAGGUGCGGAAGAUCGGUGGUGGAGGGUUUGGAGAGAUCUACGAGGGCCAGGACCUGGUGACGAGGGAGCAGGUGGCCCUCAAGCUCGAGUCCGCCAAACAGCCCAAGCAGGUCCUCAAGAUGGAGGUGGCCGUCCUCAAGAAGCUCCAAGGUCGCGAACACGUGUGCAGGUUCAUCGGGUGCGGCCGCAACGAGCGCUUCAACUACGUGGUGAUGCAGCUACAGGCCAAGAACCUGGCCGAACUGCGCCGCGCCCAACCCCGGGGAGCCUUCAGCCUCUCCACGGCCCUCCGCCUCGGCCACCAGAUCCUCAGAGCCAUCGAGUCCAUCCACGAGGUCGGCUUCCUCCACAGAGACAUCAAGCCGUCCAAUUUCAGCAUGGGUCGCCUGCCUCACAACUGUCGCAAGACAUACAUGCUGGACUUUGGACUUGCUCGACAAUACACUAAUGCCAACGGUGAAGUGCGGACCCCAAGAGCCGCUGCAGGCUUCAGAGGUACAGUACGUUAUGCUUCCCUAAAUGCUCACAAGAAUAAGGAGAUGGGGCGUCAUGAUGAUCUGUGGUCGUUAUUUUAUAUGGUCGUUGAGUUUGUUAAUGGUCAGUUGCCAUGGAGAAAAAUCAAGGAUAAGGAACAGGUUGGCCUGAUGAAAGAAAAAUAUGACCAUCGAUUGCUCAUAAAACACUUGCCUUCUGACUUCAAGCAGUUUCUAGAACACAUCCAAAACUUAGAUUAUCAUGAUAAGCCAGAUUAUGCUAUGUUAUCAGGGUUAUUUGAGCGCUGCAUGAAGCGUCGGGGGAUUAAGGAAUCGGAUCCAUUUGACUGGGAGAAAACUCCCACUGAUAAUUCUUUAGGCACUACUACUACUACAACUCAUGCUGUCAUUACCAAACCUCAACAUGCGGACAGUCGAUUGGUUUAUGGUGGUGGUGGCGGCAUGACAGAUAACAUGCUUGAUGACAAUGUGUUGGGUUCUGUGGAUAAUCAGGAAAAUGUUGAAGCCCCACAUGAUCGUGAACAUGACCCUCGCAGACGUAGACGACGAGACACCGUCCUUCACCCACCGCAGCCUAACAUCAAUCAGCAACAGGUGGAGACUAAGGAGCGGGUGCUGAACGAUAACAACGUCAAUGCCAACAUCAUCGCCAACACUGAGAAGGACACCAACGAGGUGGAGAUGUCACCCAAGAAGAGAAAGGUCGAGGAAUUCACAUGCGAAAAAGAAGUUGAAGGUGGUGGUGGUGAGAAAGAGAAGGAAGGAAGAAUUGAAUGUUCCACUGAUUGGGAUGGUGAUGCAGUCAUGGCAUCAAGACAAGGUCAUACCACACCCAGGGGAGCUGGUGGAGAUGACAACAAGAACAGGAAACCCCUAGCAGUGUUAAGGUUAUCUUCUGUGGACACUGCAGCAGAUGAUGUAGACAUGAAUGUGGAGCCUGCUAGCAAGAGGGAAGACCAGUAUUCUGUCCAGGAUGCCAGCUACGUAAGCUUCCAAGAUGGUGGACGGUUAGCGAGGAUAGAGCCGAGUGCUGGGGGUGUAUCUCCAGGAGGCUCUACACCUCCCACAGAAGGCGAAUUCCACCCACAUACACGUGACCAUACUCCACAUCGCCGAACUCAUCAUAAAAGUGGGUGGACAGUGGGUGGACAAGUGCGAGUAGGCGGGGAUGAGUGUGGGCAGGGGUUCCAUCCUGUCCAACGAGCCAAGUAUCUGGGUCACAGAGACCUCUCUAUAACGCAGUUUGCUUUGGCUGACGAUGACAACAUGUCUCAGCCAGCCACUAAGGGUGGUGGAUGUGGCCUUACUCUUGCAUCACAAUGGAAAUCGCAGUUUGAUGACUCUGAGGAAACAGACAAUGAGCUUAAAGCUGACAAUCUGCAGAGUCCAGAGCACAAGCAGCGUCUCACUCUGGUGUCUCCUUCAUCCCGUGGGCCUGAUGACACCACCAUGACACCUGUGCAGGAGGUGGGGUCCACUGAAAAAUCUCGGCGAGCUGCUACUGAGCUCUCCAGAAUCAGUGAGGAUGACCGCCAUCGCUCCUCUGACCACCACACCCACACUCAGGUGCCGGAUGUGACCAUGAUCGGAGGCAGUGUGGCGGGAAGUCAUGGUAUCGAAGAAUUUCGUGUUGUGACAAAGGUGACAGGAGGAAUAGAAGAGCCUAUACCUAAUGUGGCCUGCUUACCCAUGGAAACUACAGGUGUUCUGCAGGUUGAUAUAGGGGGACAGACUAGUAGCCUUCCACGUGCCUGGUCCAACCCACAACUAUCUAGUCACAUACGUCCUGGGCUGGAACCUCCUUUGGUACACACUACUACUGUUACGGAUGCUGUAUAUGAAUUAGAUGUCGCACGUGGUAUCUGUGUCAAGACGUCUAGAGAAGGCUCGCCUCUCACUCCAGAGCGUCGGCAGAGUAUGCCAGAUAUUGGUGUUUGUGAACCAGAAGAAGGUGCAGAGGAUGAUGCUGUGGUAGGUGGCAAAAUUGAAUUCCGUGUGCUUGAUAAGGACAGAAAGUUUUCUGAGCCAUCUGGCCCUACAACUAUAGUGACUAGCCAGACUCGUGUGUCUCGACAAGAACUCUCUAGUGUAGUGCCUGCGCCGGCUGCAUUUAACCCUGGGGCUGAGAACCCUCCACCACCACCACCAUCCAUGGUAGACAUGCCUCCUGCAACUACAAAUAAAUCUGCUUCCCUCCAGUCUAGCCCAAUUACACACCCUGAAGAGCGUUCUGUAUACUAUGAUGCUCCACCUCCAGAAGAUUUGUCACAGCAGCCUGGUCAGAAGGCUCACAGCAAAAGUUCACCUAGAAAUGAACAGGAUGAUGAAGGACAUAAAACCAGUGAAACUUCAGACUCACCACUUAAGGACAAAGGUGAGGUACGUGGUGGUAAAAAAGAUGACUCACGACGGCGAUUAGGAGUUGUAGCAUUGCCAGUUGUCUUAGAAGAUCAUAAAGAUCGUGAUGUUGAAUCUACUCAUUAUGAAUCUGCAGUCCAUCCUCCUGAUACCAGCCGUUAUGAAUCUGCCAUACAUGAUCACACUGGUGUUACAACAGUUCAGGAGACUUCACGUUAUGAAACUGUCAUGGGUGCUCCUCCUCCUGAGUCAUCUCAUUACGAAACUGUCAUGGGCCAGAGAGAGACAGAAGCAAGAGCGCGCCAAGAUACGAUAUGCGAGGAAGAAAAGUCUUUUUUAUCAGAAAGAAGAAAAUCUCUAGAAUUUGUAUUAGAAGAAAAGCAUGACGUUGAAGACACAAGAAAAAUCUCGGUUAUUAAUUUACAUGAUUUGUCUGCAGCCUUCCAAGUUUCAACAAUGAUUAACAGGUCACGGACGGUGACACCAUCAGUGUCACCAAGAGGAACACCACCACAUAGUGAAAGUGGUGGACGCCGUAGUCGAUCAUCUCGUCACCGCCGCUCCUGUGAGGAUCUGUUAGAAGAGGGAGGUGAGGAGUCUUCCAAAACUAAUACACCCCGGCCUACUGACUUGCCACGUUCUUCAAUAUCACCUGAUCGACAGCGGUGCAAUGGUUCCCGAAAAUCACCUGCUGCACAGGAUGAUUCUUCUCAAAAAAGUCGCAUUCCUGUACCCAUGUGGGCACGUACUACCAAAGAUGGAGAGCCUGAAUGCAGCCUUAAUUCUCCAUCAGGAGGUAGAAGUCCACGUUAUUCAGAAGCAGAACGUGCUGAAGCAGCUCGUAGAAUUUCUGUUGCGUUAGCAGAAAAGGUGACAUCACCUGGCAAUGAAGAAGACUCUUUAAGUACUCGUAGUGGUGUUUCAGAACAUCGAUCUGGGCGUGAACGUGGAUCAGUUGCCUCUUGUGAUUACCAACGAUCAGCUAGCCAAGAAGAUCAUAGUGAGGAUCUUGCUGACCUAACACCAGCAUUGCGGAGACGGAGACAAGGUGUAGACAAGUAUGUUACCGAUGAGACGCAACUCAAUCUAAGAUUCCAGCGACGUCGCACUCGACCAGUGUCUGAUGUCACUCCACCCCCACCACCUACUACUGUUUUACACUCCAGGAAUCGACAAAGCAGACAACGAGUGUCCAUGAUAGAAGCAGGAACAGGUGGUCGCUACUUUGACAGUGGACGAGGUGUGCCUUCCUACCUCCUCAAACCCCAGCAUGAGGAUUCCAGCGAGUCCGAGAGCUCUCAUCCACGUAAACCACGUCCUCCCUCUUCUGAACCUCCGUCUGCUGCCAGGGAUGUUGUUGCUAGGAUACGUAGGUACCGGCCUUUGAGUGCAGAUAGUAGUGACAAUUAUAGAAGGCAGCAUCACCAACGGACUGUCUCUCCAGACUGACAGGAACCUCGGCCCUAGUCCUCAUCGGCAGGAGGAGGCAUCCAGCUCUCAGGCCCACUCACUUGCAGCUCCUCGCCCACCUCCCAAAUACAUCAUUCACACAUCCACAAGCGCACAAAUUCCCCACCAGUCACAUGUAAUGUAUGUACCCGUGAGCUCAGUCGAACACAGUCAUAUGGUGAAAUGUAUUUUAAAUAUCGGCAACCAGAACAACAGAUAGUAAUAGUUAAAGAAACUAAAUUGAAACACAGAAAAACAAGAAAAUUAUGCGGAUGCUGGCAAAUGUUUUUAAAAAGAAGAGGCAGAACUUUGCCCUUCUCAUUACACAGAAAUCAAGAUUUAAGCAGAUGCCGUCUAAAUCUUUCCAUGCCACCACAUGUAUAACAAUUCAGAAAAUUAUGCUAAAAUGGUGCUUUUUCCUCCCUUUCAUGGUAAAAGUUAAAAAAAAAAAAAUAAGAAUUUUUUUUUCUUGGGUGAACCCUUAAUAAUGAGGAGGAGGGGGUGUGGAUAUGUAUAAGUUGGUGAGAGAGAAGGAAAAUGAGCAAUCCAUUAAUGAUCGCAGACAUAUAAGUAUGGUUUGAGAAUGCCUCUUUUUUUUUUUUCCCCCCCAAUAUGCAACUUCUCUGUAGCUGCUGCUGCAUGCAGCAGCUUGCUGAAAGGCGCUCAAAGACAGAGAAUCUUUACUACGAAUAUGGCACAUUAGGCAGUGUGAUAACGAACAUAUGGAGCUGCCAGUGUGACAAAUGGGGUAGUGUGGCAAAAUAUGAUAAAAGUUGUGGACUCUGAGCUGCUAGUGUGGCACACAAUGUAAUGUGACUGGGUGGUGGGAGCUGUUAUCCUUAAACUGCCAGUGUGAGAUUUGGGUCGUGUCAAGGGUGAUGGGAGCCAGUGCCCUCAGUUGCCAGAGUGAAACUCAAGUCAGUGCAAUGGGGGUGCAGCCGGUUAAAACAUCACCUGCACAUGGUUGUGAUAUUUGCUAUGUACGUUCUGUGUACACUGACACUUGCUAGGUUAGGUAGUAACUGUGCCAUCCUCUGUUGCCAUUGAUUGACUUUUGAUAGGUCAUUCUGGUUACAAACCCCAGGUCAUUAAAGUUAUCUUUUAGCUGAGAAAGACAUCAGUAUAAAAAAUACUUUAAAUGUACAUUAAAAUUUAGAUACCAUACUAAAAAAAAAAAGGCACCUAUGGUCAAAUGUGAUGUAAUAUUCUUUAAUGUUUUCUUCUGAUCUAGGUACCUGUAUUGAAUUUAAGGGAUCUGGAUAACUGUUGUAAAUUUACUAAUGCAGGUUAGCCUUUGAUAUUGCUGUUAAUGAACUAUUUUGGGAAAUAACUGCAAUAUUCUAGAGUGUCUCAGAGUAUCUCUUGCAUAUUGCCCAAAUACUCAGUAGCCCUUACACUUUGAAGCUUUGUCGUUUUCUCUAAGCCACUAUGAAUGCUGUAAGUAUUCCUGCAAUGCACAUACAGUAUUCUGAUGAUGCAGUUUGACUGUUUAUUUGUUGAAUCAUGAUUUGGGUUCCAUUUUGUCCCCUGUGCCAUCACCUGUGUUGCAGGUUUGUUACAUCAACAUUUCCUCUUCAUUACAGAAAGUAUGUUUGCAUAAAUGCAGAGCUGGGAUAGGCAAGUAUAGUGUUGUGAUGUCUGUUAUAGAAUACAAGAGAAAUGGUGUGAUUAUCUCGGCUUUUUGGUCUCGGCAUGACAGGGAAUGAAUUAAAAAAUUGCCAUGUACUUUCACACGGAAAACUGAAAGCUUAAAAUACCAUGUUUCAAUUGAUGCAGGAGUUGAAUUUAGGUAUGGUCAGUAUUUGUUUGUAGUCUCAUUAAUUUAAGAGAAAUACAUGCUUUCAUUACUCCAUCUUUGUUUCUGUAGUACAAAUAGGAAACAAAAUUUUCUUGACCUUUAUGUGCUAAUAUGCUAUAUCACGAAUAAGGAUUACUCAGGCCUGAGGUGUAUCAGCACUAAGUUCUGUAGACUAUUGAAAUUUUUCUCUGGGAUGUGCUUCCUUCAGGAAGUAUGUGAUGAGAUCCUAAAAUAAUGUAUUUGAAAUAUCAAUCAAAUCUAUAUACUGUACUGUAAUGUUGAUUAUCUAUUUUAUUAAACCUGAAAUGUUUUGUAGUCAUUUUGUGGUACAAAGCUCACUAAUAUAUUAAAAUAUUCAGAAACUGAGAAAAGUUUAAAUGAUAUUUAUUUUGAAAAAUCACUUACGCUCCUGCUAUGCAGAUGAUAAAGCAAUCUUAAUUGUAUUAAAUGUUCCUUCCUCUUUUUACAAGUAUUGUAGAAUUAAAUUGAAUUAAUGGUGAGAGUGGAUGGAGGAUUGGUUGUUAAGUGCAUGUACAUGGUCACUCAACAAAGAUUUAGAGAGGAUGAUGACAAAGUUCACUGAAAUUAACCAUAUCUUACUGCUGUCAGAAUCCUUCGUGUUCCACAUUCACCAAUCUUAGGAACUGUAUCUGUGCUGUGACAUUUUACUGGGAAUGCCCAAGUUUUAUACAUGGAUAAAAAGUUGCUACAUAAUACUUGUCAUUUAUUAUAUCUAACAUGGCAAGCUGAAUUAAUGCAGAUCUAUAGAUGUCACCCUAAUGAAGGUGCUUACCAACAAUACAUUCAACAGUUUGAGUGAAUCAGGUGAAUUGUUAAUAGUCAUACAUUAGUCAAUAGGUAUGCAAGUGUCUAAUUUGAAUAUAUAUUUAUCAGUCAAAUGGGUAUAGCUGAAACGAGAUUAGGUAUGUUUAAAUGCCUCAAUUUUUAAACUAGACUUGUAGAUAUUGUAAUUGCGUCGACUUGAAUCUCAUUUAUUACGCUCCUUUCUAUGGGAAGAUUUUUUUUUAGCUAAUCUUAAGAAAAAGAUCUUUCUGCAUAUGUGGCUGUAAGGAUAAUCGGUAGAGUCACCCCUGAAAUCAAAAGCAGCUUCAUGCAAAAAUAAAUACUAUUUUAUUUCUGUCAACUCUGUACACUCCUCUAACUUAAGGUUUUCAAAACAAACCAACUACUUUACAAGCUAUUGGUAACUUCCCAGAGUUGUUGUUAUAGAACUCGUGUGCCACAGUGCAUAUUUUAUAUUGAUAACUUGCCUCUUAGGUAUUGUUGAACCUGUGCUUAGUAGGGCUUUGUUUUGUCUCCUGGAGAUAUAGAUCAAGGUCUUACACAUUUCUUUUCAUAAACUUGAGGCAGUACCGCAAUAUAUAUAAAUUAUAAAUAUAAACUAAUUAUUGUAUUAAAGAAACUAUAUGAACUUUAUCUAUCUUACUGAGGUUGAGAGAGUUUGUUUCUUAAUUUAAUACAUUAGUAUACUUUGAAAAAUUUCUUGACCUUCCUUGUAUCUCCUGGAUGCUUGAUAGGGCUUUGUGCACAUGUUGAAGGUUAAACAGACAAGGAAUGAGCCAAGGGAAAAGAUAGAUGAGGGCAUAAUGGAAUUAGGGAUGGGGACAGCAAGUGUUCAACCAUUAUUUAAUUUGAGGAGUGCUUGGUGGCGUUCACAACCUCGCAUUCGGGCAUUAGUAAUGUCACACAUGGACUGUUCACAGCCGUUCUGGUGUUAAUCAAGCUCUAUGAGUUUGUAUAUGCGCAUGUGUGAUAUGUCUGGCUAUUGCAAAGUUAGGAACGUCACUGAUUUUUUUCAUGCAGUUCUCUUUUUAGAUUUUUUGUGUUAAAGAGCCUUAUGUUGGUGAAUCUAUCAUGCAGCAGCAAAAUAUGAAUUUCAAGCAAUCUUUACUGAUAAUUAAAAUGUUUGGUAAACAAUUGGUUGUGAGAGUGGAGGGUCGAGGUUCACCUCAACCAAUAAUGGUUGUCAGGUGUUUCUUAACGACACACUUGCUAUGACUUCUUACAAGUGUUUUAAUAUCAAUAACAAAAUUUACAUUAGUUUUCAUUUUUUUAUUAUGUGGUUACUGGCCGGAUGUACUAUAAUGUCCAGAUUGUAUAUUUUUGUUCUGUGUACUUAGAUUGUUAUUUACAAUUAAAUUAUAGCAAUGCCUUCUAA